AUGACUGUCAACGAAAUGGAUACAGCAUCUGCCUUCGCUCACGAUCCGUUGAAAGCCAUGGCAGCAGAAGUUGUAAGUGCUUACAUUCGGUACCAAAGUUUUGUGGUCGACAUUUCAACGAUAAUAUGCAAGGAUAUGCUAUUUGCGUACAGAGCUGUUAGUUAUUACUUAAUUAUUACUGUACACACCGGUUUAGCACUACGACAUCCGCCAAAACUGGGUUUAGAAAAUAAAAAUGAUUCUGUUAUUGCUGUUGUACCAACAUUUUGGUCUGAACCCUACUGGAAGGAACUGAAGAUACUAAACCUUACUAUUCAUUAUCAAUUUCUUGUAGAGGACAAGUCGGCAUGCCAGGGAGAUGUUGAAAAAGUUAUAGACAGUGAUUUGUACAACUGUACAGCCAGUAUUGCGGUGGAUGACAGUAAUGCAGAACAACCAGUCGACUUUGUUGAUGGCGAUGACAACGACGUUGGCGACGAUGAGCAGAAGAUGAAUUUUUCAACUGUUGAUUUCGAGAACGGUGAUGUUGCAAUCGAAGUAGAAUUUGAAAGAAACAUUUUUGCCGGCGUAGACAUCGUGAAAUUCUGGUACGAAGUUGAUGUUUUGCAAUUACGUCAGUUAGAUGCUGAGGACAAUGAAAUUAUCCCAGAAACAGUUACUUGGAUUGAGUCGGAAAUUACUGAUUUUGAUAUUGAAACAGACAAAUAUGGAGAUGGCACUGAUGAAAAAGAUGAAAUAAGUGAAAUAGAAGACGAGGACAAGAUGGAUGACAACGAUAAGUUUGAUGACAUUUUUGGCAAAGAAAACAGUGAUGUAGAUGGCGACAGUACCACUGACAAGGAUACCGAAAAAGACAACGGUAACGAUGAUGCUGAUGACGAUAUUGACGGUGAUGACGAUGACAAUGCUAAUGAUGAAGAUCGUAAUUACGGCAAAGCAGAUACCAAUGCAAGUGACGAGGAUCAAAGUAAAAACACUGAUUCGCUAAAACAGCAAACUAAGGCAAUUAACAAAAAGACUCAGGAAGAAAUUAGCAGGCAAACAGAUUUCUUCGACGAAACAGACGAUGAAGAUAACAGUAAAGACUUGGCUGUUGAACCUGAUCAGGAGGAGACCACUACAGAAACUACAGAAGAAACAACUAUUGAAACUACAAUUACUUCAACUGAAUCUACUACAAUGUUUACUAGAACAGAAACUGAACCAAUAGAAUCACAAACAGAAAAAAUGGAAGAGGAAGAUGAUGGCACUGAUGAUAACGAUGCUAUUCUAAAAAAACCGAAUGAGAUAGUAGACAUUGAAGAUUCAGGCAGUAAGGAAUCUCCGAUAGAUGCAUUGCGAACAUUUUCAACAAAAUUCCAGCCAGAUGAAAGAGAAGCAAAUGAAGUUAAAGGAGCAUUGAAACAUGAAAGCAACAGUAUUACAAAUCAAGACCCUGUAGAAAAAAUGGAUGUGUUAGAUGAUUUGAUAAACGACGAACUCAGCAGUAAUGAAAUUGAUGAAUUUUCCGAAGAAAAGGAACUUAGAGACCAUGGCAAUGAAAAGUCAAUAAGUGCGAUAGAUGCAAGAACCACAGCUGAUACUAUAACUACUACGACUAGAACACUUCCAUUGCCUCCAACAACAAUAAAAACAAUUACAAGAAAAGAUGCAAGUUCUGAAGAGUCAGAUGAUGAAGGUUUGAAUACACACAACGUUGAUACUGAAAGGAUCCAGAAAAUAAGAGGUCAACCCGAAAGGACUUUUGUCACUGCUACAAAUAAACCUCCGCAUAACAGAACCGCAUCGAUUGUCACAUCAUUCCUAAGUAGCGUAAAUAAGAAACAGUUUGCAAUUGGGACAGGGGCCCUUGGAUUGGUACUGAUCAUUGCAUCGCUCGUAUUAGCAGCUUGGUGUUGUUGCCGUAACAAAGAAAGCUUUUCUACCUAUCAGGCGCAGGCUCGAAAGGAAAACCAUAUGAAUGGCAAUAGUCCAUACAAAUAUUCCGCUGCGUUACAAACGAGACCAGAAACGGACCCCGAAAAAGAACUACUUAAUCAGUGA